AUGUCAGCUACGACUACAACUAUGCCUCAGAUGCACCAUAAACAGCAACAUCAACAACAACAGCAACAAGAGCAAAAGCAGCAGCAGCAGGAGCGGCACCGCGCUCGCUCACCAUGGCCUAUAAGUACGAGUUCAAGAUCCUCAUCUCCAUCUCCACAUACACAAAACCAUAAUAACAACAAUCAUCAUCAUCAUUACAUGGCACAAAUCGCCAUCGAUCACGCCUCAGAUCACUCUGCUCAAAGCAGCAACGAAGGUGAUGACAAUAUCAUAGCAACUUCAAGUCCACGUGGUCGAGAACAGAGCGAAGGAGUAGAGGAUGAGGUGGAGGUGGAGGAAGAAGUAAGAGGAAGGAGUAGACUGAGGGAAGACAAGAUGGAUUUAACCGAUGAUAGUAUUGAUGGUAUAAGCUUAAUGGGAUUCAAAACGGGGUCCAAACAUAAUAGUCCGGUAAAAAUGAAGAAAGUGAGAUAG